AUCAAAUGUUUACCCUCAAGUUGUUGCCUCCUAUCCUUUCUACCCUGGGACUAACGUUACUGGUCAGUGCUGUAUCAAGGCGUCCCGUAGCAGAAGAACUGCACCAAAGAAUGUGGAUAAACCUGUUGUAAGACAGCACAAACAUUAGUCCUACAUCAGAAGAUGGAAGUGCAGGAACAGGAGUCUUUGGCAAGAUGGGACGGGCUGGGCAGCCGAGAUGCCAUCUCCAGAACUGAAGCCAUGGAGAACAUCCACCAGGUGGUCAUGAGGAAAGUGGAGGCCAUCAAACCCAUACCGUCAGGGGCCCUGUCACCCCCAGCCUCAGGAAGCCCUCCCAACAGUGACCUGAACAACAUCCUGGCUCACCUUCUCAUGCUCUCCAAACGGUGUCCCUUUGAAGACGUCAGGAAGCAAAGCAGUCGGCUUCUGCGGGCCGUCCAGGACUUGGGAGUAAGGAUCCCAAGACCAUUAGGUAACGGACCAAGCAGAUUUAUCCCUGAGAAAGAGAUUCUAAAAGUCAGUAAAGUGGACACCCGGACACAGUCAAUUUUCGAGGAUGCAUUUGCAGCCCUUGGUCGCCUCGACAACGUUUCUGUCGUGAUGGGCUUCCACCCGGAGUACCUGGAGAGUUUCCUCCGGACACAGCACUACCUGCUGCAAAUGGACGGACCCCUGUCUUUGCACUACCGACACUACAUCGGCAUCAUGGCAGCAGCCAGACACCAGUGUUCCUAUUUGGUCAACCUGCAUGUGAACGACUUCCUCCAGGUCGGGGGCGAUCCUAAGUGGCUGAACGGCUUGGACGAAGCCCCGCAGAAGCUGCGGCAGCUCGGAGAGCUCAACAAAAUCCUGGCCCAUCGGCCUUGGCUUCUCACCAAGGAACACAUUGAGCGCCUUCUGAAGGCAGAGGAACACAGCUGGUCCCUCGCAGAGCUAAUCCACGCCGUGGUCCUGCUCACACACUACCACUCCCUCGCCUCAUUCACCUUCGGCUGCGGCAUCACGCCCGACAUCCACUGCGACGGCGGACACACUUUCAGGCCACCCUCCCUCAGCCAGUACUGCGUCUGUGACAUUGCCAAUGGCAACGGUCAUGCUAAUCACCACGACGAUCUGCUUGGUGACCAGGAGAUGUGCGGUGAGGUGGAGGUGCUGAUGGAGCGCAUGAAGCAGCUGCAGGAGUGCCGCGACGACGAGGAGGCAAGCCAGGAGGAGAUGGCAACUCGCUUUGAGAGGGAGAAGACUGAGAGCAUGCUGGUGGUCACCGCUGAGGACGAUGACUGUGUCCCCUCCAGAGACGUCUCCCGACACUUUGAGGACCCCAGUUACGGCUACAAGGACUUCUCAAGGAGGGGGGAACAUGUGCCCACGUUCAGAGUGCAGGACUACAGCUGGGAGGAUCAUGGUUUCUCCCUCGUCAACAGACUGUACCCCGAUGUUGGUCAGAUGCUCGACGAGAAGUUUCAGAUGGCCUACAAUCUGACCUACAACACCAUGGCAACGCACAAGGAUGUGGACACCAGUAUGCUGCGCAGGGCCAUCUGGAACUACAUCCACUGCAUGUUCGGCAUCAGGUAUGAUGACUAUGAUUACGGGGAGAUAAACCAGCUUCUGGACCGUAGCUUUAAAAUCUAUAUUAAGACCAUGGUGUGUAGUCCUGAGAAGACCACCAAACGAAUGUAUGAGAGUUUCUGGAGGCAGUUUGAGCACUCCGAGAAGGUCCAUGUUAAUCUGCUUCUUAUGGAAGCGCGAAUGCAGGCGGAACUGUUAUACGCUCUGAGAGCGAUCACCCGCUACAUGACAUGAAGUGCUCUGGCGUUUUUAUUGUUGUCUUUUUACUGUCGUUGUUGUUGCUCAUUUUUGGAUACUUUAAGAAAAAAAAAGAAAAUUAAGGGGGGGAGUUCAACAAAAAUGUCAAAAAGAUGUGAGAAGCCCUGGGUUGUGACAGAGCUUGUUGGAUGAGAAGAGGAUCUGAACAAAUGAAAGCAAGCAAGAAAGAAAGAACUGCUGAAGAAAAGUCAUCUAAAACUACAAGUGGAUAAACAAGCUCAAGUUGCCUGCAGUGCCACAACUGACCAAGAGAUGGAAGCCUGGAGCAAACUCCUGCUCUGAUGGGGAGUUUGUGCCAGGCCUGAGGACUGACAUGGGAGGCAUCCAGGAUGAAGAUUCAGUAUUCUAGCAUGCAACAGCAGCAGCAUUUGUUGCCAGUCUCUUCUGUCUGCUGUUAGAGUGAAGACCCAUCGGAAAUCCCCAGAAAGCCGUGCAGCCGGAACCAGUCUGCACUUUGAUUCUGUCAUUUCUGUUUAGUUUCUUCAGUAUCUUUUUAUUUCAUUUUGUAGUAAGGGAAGUGGUUGCUGUUAGUGGUAACUGGAGAUGGAAGCAUUAACCUCGGGCUGUUUUUUUUUUUUUGUCCUGUGCCUGAACUCUCCAGCACAGUGUGCAUAUGUGCUGAUGCUGCUGCUCCCAUGUUGUAUUCAACGGGGUCAUAUUGAUCCCCAAAUCACCCAACCCCUCAACCCCAUUUUACACCCCUAUCCAUUAAAAAUCCAAUGCAUUACCCCCCUCCCUCUUGCCCCCCCAAAUCCCAAAUCCCAAGAUCUCAAAUGUCAAUGUAAGCUAAUCCAAGGAGUGUGUGAACACCAGAGAGGUGUGGGAAGAAACUCAAAGAACACUGUCUGAGCCCUUUUUUGAGUUUGACUGUACACGUGUGGAUGAGUUCUGUAUUCAUGAUGACUGAGGUGUGGAUGUUUUGUGCGUGUGUGUUUCACAGAAACGACGGAGAGAAGAAAAAUGUUUUUGAAUUUCACGUGUCAAAAAAAAAAAGCGAGGCACUUUGAAGGAAAGACUUCUUGCUUCUGCUGUAGCUCUGUUUUUGUGAGAUAACUGUUUAUCAUUUGUUGUUGUUGAUGAUGAUGAUGUCUUUUAUUUUUCUGGUAAUGGGUAAAAAAAGAAAAAAAAAAAAGAAAAGAAAAAAGCUAAUCAAAAAGAAAGUUAGAAACCAGGUUUCCAGGAGGGAUUUGCUUCCGGUUGCCCUAACCACACGUUAUCUGUCUUCCGCUUAUCCCAGCUGCCUGGUCACCCUAACAUUUUGGAAGCUUUGGAUUGUGAAUUUUACCAGUAAAUGAAUACCUCUUCUGUUUUUCUCUAGAAAACAUUUAAGAAGUGCUCUUUGGUGAGCAGAGACUCUUUCUGGGCUGCCGUGUUUCCAUUGUUGGGGACCCGGCUUGCCCACACAGGGCCGACUGCGGUCGACAGCUGUCGAACGCAAAAGGUUGUAGCUGUGCUUAUUUCCCUGCUGGGGAAGUCUAACCAGUGCAAAGCAGCUUUUGUUUUUUUUUUUUUAGAACAGAGGUGUGAAACCUCUGCUGUUUUUUUUUUUUUCUUUUUUGUUUACUAAAACUUGUUAAGUACUGCAUUCUUCUGAGGGUUUGAGAGAAUCAGACAGAUGAAUGAGUGAUAUCUCUAGGAAGAUGAGGAGGAGGAGGAGAGUGAUAAUGAUAAAAGAAUGGUACAUUUGGAAGUGAUUUGAGAGGAAGUGGAGGGUUUGUUAUUUUUUUUUUCAAACUUCUGACUGAUGUCAGUUACUGACACUUUUUAUAUGAAAAUAUUUGAAAAAACCUAAAAAAAAUAAACUAUGAUACUGAA